CAUCAUUCUUCAUAAUUGCACAGCUGGCACAACAAUGAAUAUUUCAAUCAGAAUCACUCGCAACCUCCAAACCUUUGCUAUUAAGCCCUUUGUGCAUCGAUUCGGUAAUUUUACAUACAACCGAUUUUUCAACACUUCUGUAAAAGAAAUUAAGAUCCCCGUCCCGUGGGGACACGUUGCUGGGAAGGUGUGGGGAGACUCUGAACGACGCAGACCAAUACUGGCCCUGCACGGCUGGCAGGACAACGCCGGCACCUGGGACACCCUAGCGCCGUUGCUUUGUGAUAAAAUUCCAAUAUUAGCCGUCGACUUCCCGGGACACGGAUUGUCAUCGUGGCAUGGGCCUGGUUUACAAUACUAUCCAUGGGAAACCGUUCGAUUGAUACUUGCUAUAAAAACAUACUACCAAUGGGAUAAAGUGACUAUUCUUGGCCAUUCUAUGGGAUCAAUAGCUGCGAUUCGAUAUUCCUGCAUAUUUCCAGAUGAUUUAGAUUACUUAAUUGCAAUAGAUUGUCUGUUCCCAGAGGAAUAUCAGAUAAAACAAUUCGUAGAUAAUUACCCUAAAAUUAUAAGUAAACUUCAGUCCAUACUAGAGAAACCAUAUUCCGAUCCACCCUUGUAUACAUACAAUGACAUCAUACAUAAAUGGCAUGAAGGCUCGAAUAAAUCUAUUUCCGUGGAAAGCAUCAAAGUCCUUGCGAAGCGAGGUAUACAAAAAUCGUUAAAUGAUCCUGAAAAAUAUCAUUUCAGCAAGGACGGUCGUAUAUCAUACGCAUAUUACGAUUUCGAAGAUAAAUUUUUUUUAGAGGCGCUCACGAUGCGUUCUAAAUGUCCAAUCUUAUUCUUAAAAGCAAUUCAUUCCCCAUUCUCAACGAGCAACACUUUUGCACGAUUACAAAAGACGAUAGAAGAAAGCAACCCGAAAUUUGAAAAAUAUUUAAUUUCUGGUACACAUCACGUACAUUUGGAUAAUCCAGAUGUAGUAAUACCUCACAUCGAAAUGUUUUUACGAAAAUAUAAACUAAUUUAAAUAAGUAACUAACUAGGUAUAUUUACUUUCAUUUUUAUGGGUGGAAAACACCUAAGUACGAUUUUAAUCAAAGAAAUCUGUAAAAUGUUCAUUGAUUUUAUAUGUAACACAAAGAAU